AGGACAUGGCAGCCCGCUCCAGUAUUCUUGCCUGGAAAAUCCUAUGGACAGAGAAGCCUGGUGGUCUACCAGUCCAUAGGGUUGCAAAAAGUCAGAUGCUACUGAGCACGAUAUAGUUAUGGAGAAGGAGACGUGGAAAGUUUUGGGGUUUUUCUGUUUGUUUUGGUUUUAAUUUUUGGCUGUAGAUGGGUCUUCAUUGCUGUGUGCAAGGCUUUCUCUAGUUGCAGUGAGUGAGGACUACUGUCUAAUUGAGAUGCCCUCAUUUACCUCAAAACAUGUCUCUGAAUUAGGUAUUAUCUUCAUUUUACAAAUGAGUGAACAGUGUAGUGACAGAGUGGGAUUGGAACCCAGGCCAGUCUGAGGCUCAGGCUCGUUCCACCACUCCACACCUGUAGAAACAGAUCCCCUUGUCUCUUGGAUUCUACUGUCUUUGUUUUUCUACCUUUCUGGUUAUUCCUUCUUACUUCUCUUCCUUACACAUAGGUGUCUCCCAGGUCCCAGCCCCAUUUACCCUUUUCCCAGCCAUAACCAACAACUACCCAGAACAUGUGAGGUUUUCCAACAGCUCUGUGCUCAGGUUUUUCUCUGUCUGGAAAACCCUUUCUGUAUUUUCUUGUCUGACUUUCACAUGUCUUUUAUGAGUCAGAAGGGUUACCUUCAAGAGGUCUUUUCUGACCUGCUAAUAGGGAUUAAGUGUCUUACCAUUGAGCUCUGCUAGCAUCCUGUGUCUACCUUCACCGUGGCACUUAAUACAUUCAACUGUAAUUGCUUAUUUACUUGAUUUCUUGUGGGGCAGAGAGCUAUAGAGGCCAGAGGUUCUUUCAUCUCUGUAUCUCCAGCAACUAAAGAGUGUGGCACCUAGACAAUGAAUGAGGGGUAUCCCUGAGGAGGCAGUCAAAAGAAAGUUGCCCAAAAUAGAGCAGUCUGAAGGUGGAGAUGGCGACAGCAUGGGGAACCGUUCCUUCCCUGGCUCCUGUGAACCUGAAGAAGGAGGGGUUUCGGGUGAUGAAGGAGGAUCACCUCUCUGCUCGGGAACAGGGAGUCAAGCUGCAGGGAAAGGGCACAGGCUUCGGGCAGCAGCCCUUAUGCAAGCAGUUCAGGCAGUUGCGCUAUGAAGAAACCACAGGACCUCGAGAGGCACUGAGCCGGCUCCGGGAGCUCUGCCGACAAUGGCUACAGCCUGAGACCCACACCAAGGAGCAGAUCCUGGAGCUGCUGGUGCUGGAGCAGUUCCUGACCAUCCUGCCUGAGGAGCUCCAGGCCCGGUUACGGGAGCAUCAUCCGGAGAGCGGGGACGAUGCGGUGGUUUUCCUGGAGGAUUUGCAGCCGGAGCUGGGAGGAACAGGACAAGAGGACCCAAACCAGGCAAAGAAACAGGAAGUGUUCAUGGAGGAGACAGCCCUUGCAAAAGCCAUGCCGGAGCAGCAGGUCCAACCUGAAGGUGACGUCCCAGAGCCCGAGAGAGAGAAGGGGGAGGCAAAAAGGAUUGAGAAUGGGAAGCUGGUUGUAGAGACAGACGCCUGUGGAAGAGUGGAAUCAUCUGGGAAACCAUCUGAACCCAUGGAGGUUCAUUACAAGGACUCUAACUUGGAUAGGCAGCAGGCUGAGCCCAAGGAGAAAACUGACUAUAAAUGCUCAGAACAUGGGCAGGGGUUCUUCCAGCACUCAGACCUGAUUAAGCAUGAAAGUUCACACAAGAAAGAAAAACUCUGUGAAGCUGAAGUGUGUCAGAGUUUGAGUCUUCCUGGACAUCAGAAAAUCUGCUCUAGAGAAAAAGGUCACCAGUGUCAUGAAUGUGGGAAAGCCUUUCAGAGAAGUUCACACCUUGUCAGACAUCAGAAAAUCCAUCUUGGUGAGAAGCCAUAUCAGUGCAAGGAGUGUGGAAAAGUCUUUAGCCAGAAUGCAGGCCUUUUGGAACAUCUCAGAAUCCAUACUGGAGAGAAACCUUAUCUAUGUAUCCACUGUGGAAAGAACUUUCGGCGCAGCUCCCACCUUAAUCGACACCAGAGAAUUCACAGUCAGGAGGAGCCCUGUCAGUGCAAAGAGUGUGGGAAAACCUUUAGUCAGGCCCUUCUCCUCACCCACCAUCAGAGAAUCCACAGCCACUCCAAAAGCCACCAGUGUAACGAGUGUGGGAAAGCCUUCAGUUUGACCUCAGAUCUUAUUCGACACCACAGGAUUCACACUGGAGAAAAACCUUUCAAAUGUACUAUUUGCCAGAAAGCCUUCCGAUUAAACUCACAUCUCUCUCAGCAUGUGAGAAUCCACAACGAGGAAAAACCCUACAAGUGUAAUGAAUGUGGAGAAGCCUUCAGGCAGAGGUCCGGUCUUUUUCAACAUCAGAGAUACCACCACAAAGACAGACUGGCUUGAUGAAGUGUCCUCUCCUUAUGGACCAUCAGAGACAGUACGUUAAUAAGCAGGACUUCAGGAAAAGUCAUUCUAGCCAAUUCUGGCAGAGAACUUGGAGGCCAAGUUGAAGGCUUUCUGCCUGCACUCUUAUUUUCCUUGUAGUCAGCUUUGGGCCACAAUAUUUUGACCCUAGAUGGUACUGUGGGAUCGAAGGUAAAGCAUUCUUCACUGCAGGACUUCUCAGAGCCUUUAACAUGGUAAAUGUGUAGUUAUGUGUCUCCAAGUAGCAGAGAGCCUCAUGAUCAAGGGCUUGAAGUCAUCAAUGAGUCAAGUAUGUAUAGAUUUAUAGGUUUAAACAAAAGAAGAGAGGGUUGAUAUUUUUGCACAUGCUGCAGCAGCAGUCUCCUAUACAAAAAAAAAAAAAAA